GAGAUAGACGCAGCAGGCAGCUCUGGGCACAUAGAAACGCUGCAAACCCCCUGACUGUGAUGCCCAAGUCCCUCUGCAUUACGCACAACCUGAUUUAACUUCUCUGAUCAGCACAAGGAUUUUUUUUUGCUGGACUGGAUGUAAAUUUCUAUGUAUUUUUUUUUUGCACAUGGAUUGUAUGAGCUCACCCAGAGGACUUUAAUUCGGGUGGGAAAUCUAUUUCAAUCAAGAGGCAAUUUGCUACACAAACACAGGCAGUUCUGGGAUUGAGGAAUAACUAUUUUGGUUCCUUGCACAUCAUUUUCUGGAGACCUUGUGCAGUACAGCUAGACCCAUACAAACUUCCAAAGCAGAUCAGAAGUUGAACAGUCAUCUAAGGAUAUUUUGUUUUUAAAAAAAUAAAAAAAACUGAUUAAUCAAGGCUGAUUUUCAAUUCCAAGGUCUAAGGACACUCAGAUGGACUGUGUAAAGCAAACUGUGUGCAGCCUCUGCCUUUGCUGCUAUGGGCAGGUUGUGAGCAGUGUAAGUAGCCAAACCCUGGGGUGCACUGAGUAGAAGUAACCGUGUGAGGUUCUGCUACAAUACAGGGGGCUUCUUGGCAUGAUCUUGGGUGACACAGAUCUCUGGUCCUACAAGCUGAAGUUAUAUCCAUUUAUAAAGCACAGAACUUGCAUUUGAAGGGAAAUAUAGAACCCCCCCUUACCUUGCAACCUUCAUAAAGAAGCCCAAGGUAAGGAUUACUUAAAAAGGGAAGGAGAUUUAUAAACCAGCGAGUUGUUGGCUAAGCACAAAGGGGAACCGCUAGCUGUGGGGGUUUAAGUCUCAAUUUAGUGGGAACAACCCCCCCCAAAAAAAAAAAAAAGUUGCAUUUAUCUAAACUCAGGAUAUCCAAUCCUCAAGCUCUUGUUUUGAUUCAUUCAUUGGAAAUUAGGAUUUACAUUUCUCAUUCUCUAAAAUAAAUUUGGAUUAUUUAUCAGAUCUUCAUAAGUAAGCCAUGAUUAAGAACCCGUUGGGAUUACUAACUGAAGGAAAAGUUUUUAGAAUUUUUGGAAGUACAAUGAUUUCCAAGUACCUUUUAGUGUUUAUUGCACUGCUCUCCUGUCUCACCCAGGGUGUCAUAGAAGCUAGCUCUUGGUGGUCUUUAGCUAUGAAUCCAGUUCAGAUCCCAGAAGUAUACAUUAUAGGAGCACAGCCACUAUGCAGCCAAUUGUCAGGGCUUUCUCAAGGACAGAAGAAACUCUGCCAGUUGUACCAAGACCAUAUGCAAUAUAUUGGAGAAGGAGCAAAGACAGGAAUUAAAGAGUGUCAGCAUCAGUUCAGACACAGAAGGUGGAACUGCAGCACGGUGGAUAAUACAUCCGUAUUUGGCAGAGUUAUGCAGAUAGGCAGCAGAGAAACUGCAUUUACCUAUUCCAUUAGUGCAGCCGGAGUGGUGAACGCAGUAAGCCGGGCUUGCCGAGAGGGGGAGCUCUCCACUUGUGGCUGUAGUAGGGCUGUGAGACCUAAGGAUUUGCCCAGGGACUGGCUAUGGGGCGGUUGUGGGGACAAUUUAGAUUAUGGUUUAAGGUUUGCUAAGGAAUUUGUGGAUGCUCGGGAAAGAGAGAAAAUAUAUCAGAAAGGAUCAUAUGAGAGUGCAAGGACUUUAAUGAAUCUUCACAACAAUGACGCUGGAAGAAAAGCAGUAAGUGUCCUGGCUGAUGUUGCCUGUAAGUGUCAUGGAGUAUCUGGUUCCUGUAGUUUAAAGACCUGCUGGCUACAACUUGCUGACUUCCGCAAAGUGGGAGACCUGUUAAAAGAGAAAUAUGACAGUGCCGCUGCUAUGAAAUUGAACAGCAGAGGGAAGCUGGUUCAAGUCAACAACAAAUUUAACCCUCCAACCACGAACGAUCUGGUUUAUAUUGACCCUAGCCCUGACUAUUGUGUUCGCAAUGAAAGUACUGGGUCUUUGGGGACCCAGGGAAGGUUGUGCAAUAAGACCUCUGAGGGCAUGGACGGGUGCGAGCUUAUGUGCUGCGGAAGGGGCUAUGACCAGUUUAAAACUGUGCAGACUGAAAGGUGUCACUGCAAAUUUCAUUGGUGCUGUUACGUCAAAUGCAAGAAAUGCACCGAAAUAGUCGAUCAGUUUGUAUGUAAGUAAAGCUCAAAGCAGAGAACUAUGAACAAUAUCAAAUAUCGGCCUUUAUUUAUAAAGAUCACUUAGAAGUUGCAGACAGAAGGCAACCGGAUCCAUUCUCCUUAUAUCACACAACUGCUUUGGAUAAAAGAACAAAAAAAAAAUGAACUGAAAAUAUUUAUUUAGAGAAAUAAAGACUUUAAAGGUAUAUAAUUAGAGGGACUAAGACUUAAGUGCACAGGAUUUAUGAUAUGUACAAAAGGUAAAAAAAACAAGUUUUUAUAUGGAGAUCUGAGAAUUCAAGUAUAUCAAAUGAACAAAACAUAGACCUUGAUUCUUCAAGCUGAGUAAUCAAUCCAGUAUUUUGGUUUCUUUCAUAGAAGAAUGUUGCCAUAAUGUGUUAAUACAUAGCUUUCUGAUAUUUCCCAGUAACAUUAUAUUGUUUUACUAAAUACUACUAUUCAAAGAGUAAAGACCUCUAGCAAAGCUGGAGAGGUAAUGUGUAUGUUGCAAUACAUUUUAUAUAUAAUCUGUUUUUUUUUAAUACCUGUAAUAUAUACUACACCUGGUACUUUGAGGCUUAUUUACAGUAAUGGAAAAAAAAAAAUUACAAGUCAAUUUAUUCCAGAAUGCUAGAACACUUCCUAUAUAUAUAUGACAUGACAAGAAUAGAAAAAUAGUCACUAUUUUUAUUGAAUAGCUUUAUAAACAUUUGGAGACAAAAAUCCCAGGUACUUUGCAAUUAAAUCGCUAUUUAUAUCCAAACAUUUAUUUUUUUAUUUUACUUAUCCAAAAUUUAAAGUAAAAAUAUUCCAGUUUUCAGUUAUGUUACAGAGUAAAAGCCAUUGUCAUUUAAACAUUUAUAUACCGUUGUCAUGCUUUUCAUACUAUUUUACACUAAACAGCGUGGUUACACUUAUGGGAAAUUGUGGUCUGCUGUUGUCUAUUUCAAAGCUUUUGUGAGCAAACGUGUAUAUAUAUUCUUAAAUACUGCCAGUAAUUAAAUGUACGUAUUUAUUUACACAUUUACUUAGGGGACUUUCUUUUUUUUAUGCAUAUUGACAUUUUUGGAUUUUUAUUUUGAAAAAUCCUUGGACAUUUUUAUGGAUACAUUUUUAGAAUUUGGUGUCAGUUUUUGAAGGGGUUGGUUAUAAUACUUAAAGCACAUAUAGAUAAGUUUAUGGGGCACCUGGGUAUAGGAGAAAGAGGUAUUGUGUCUUUUUUUUUUCUCACUAAAAUGCAAUGCACUUGUACCCAUUAUGUAAUAGUAUUCCUGUCUCCUUAAACUUUCCAGGAGGGCAUUAAAAUUAUUAAAAUAAUGAAAGUUUAGAAGAAACCAAAUAUCCAAGUUAAAAUCCACCUUUGUACUUUAAUUCAAUGUAUAAAAGUUGCAUACAAUGACAUUUUUAUUCAUUACUAAAUACCAGAAUAAAUCACCCAUUUCCCCUCAUAAAUCACAUCAAAUUGAAAGCAUGACAUUCAGUGAUUAGUUAAUGUACCGUUUAAUUUCACAAAAUAUUUCUUUAGAAAUUGUCCCCUUCUCGGUUUCAUUAUAGUGCUUUAUGGUAAUUCUUAAUUUAUUUUUCUUGCAUAAAGGUUGUAGAAAGUUACACAAUGCAUAGUAACAUUAGGAAAAUAAGCACUAAUUGAAUGAAAAUAAUGUUUCCUGUUUAGUUUUAUAUUGAAAACGAAUAUGCCUUUUUAUUUUGUUUUGACAGCAUUUUUACUAUUUUUUUAUAGCAUUUUUCCCCCCCAAAAUAACUUUACCUAUUCAGACUAUACAUUUUAAUUAUUUAAUGUAAAAUAUUUUACUUGUCAUCAAGAAAUGUAAAUCUAUGUUCUUUUCUUUGUAUCUUGUACAUUUAAUGUACAUAUGUUGAUGCCCUAUUUGAUUUGUAUAUUUCACUGACUAAAAAUUUUUUUCCUAAAGAGGUACAUGGCAUAUGCUUCCAUGAAAGAUAGUAUAUAAAAUAAAAAAAAUGGUUAUUAUUA